AUGACAACUACUUCAGUGGUAUGGGGCUGUACGGCUGCGGUCGUUCUGUCAGCAAUCCAAUCCUUGGGCAUUACCCUCCAGAGGAAAUCUCAUGUUAUACCUAUUAUACUUGACCAUAGGGAAGAUGUCGAGUUGGACCACACCGUACUGGACGAUGGCCAUACAAAUGGUAGUAUACCGCUAGAGAAUCGUGGAUCCACUGUCUCACAUCAUGCUCAUGACUACGAAGCAAACAGACAUACUCAUCUAUACAGAAGACAUCUUUGGCUUAUAGGGUUUCUGAUGUUUAUCCUUGCCAAUGUGUUUGGGUCGAUUGUCCAGCUUACGACGUUACCCCUAAUUAUCCUUUCCCCUUUGCAGAGCAUUGGGCUCAUAUUCAAUUCUAUUUUCAGCAGUAUGCUCUUGCCGGGAGAGAGCUUCACCAGUAAGCUUAUUAUUGGUACUGCUAUUAUUUCUGUGGGAGCAUUUAUUAUUGCUUAUAACGGCAGCGCUGAUGGUGAGCUGCUAGGCGAUAUAGACACUGACGAGCGGUUCCGCUUGGUCUUACAAAAAUUUCGCCGCCCAACUUUCUUAGUAUGGUGGAUUUUCACUUUUGUUGUUAUUUUGGUUUUGAUACGAGUCAAUUAUGUCUUGUCAAGACGCAUCCAUCAGCUCUCUUUGCACAAGAAAGGUAAGCGACUUUCCAGAAACAGUAAGAAAGCUGCUAGGGAACUCACCCUCCUUAAAGGUACACUUUUUGGUGUUAUCAGCGGCACUUUAACAGCACACACUUUCCUUUUUGCCAAGUCCAUCGUGGACGUUGUGGUUGCAACGCUUUUAGAACGAGCUACACCAAAAUCUCUGGCUACCUAUGUUACGUCCGCUUUACUUCUCCUAGCUACGCUCACAAUUGUUGCAAUGCAGCUAGUUGCUUUUAACUUGGGCUUAUCACAUAUCCUGACUUCAAUAUUGUACCCAUUGUGCUUUUUGGUGUACAACUUGGUGAAUUUAUUCAACGGAGUCUUAUAUGACGAGCUCCUUCUGAAGAAUUUAAUGACUAUACCGCAGCUCUUACUAGUCGUGUUAGGCUUGAUAGGAGUUCUAUUGGGCGUCGUAAUGAUCAGUUGGGAUAGCGCGUUUGGUGUUCAUGAGCCUAUCAGCGAUGACUCGGACGUCUUACUUAACGCAAAGUUUCCCUAUCUACAAGCAAGCUCGCAUAGAGUGCUAAGUUAUGAAGAGAAUGAGUUACUUAAACUGAUUCAUUCAUCCUAA